ACUAAGAAAGAAAGAGAGAAAGAAAGAAAGAACGAACGUACGAAAGAAAAACAAUUCAAACAAAACAAUAACAACCUGGGCCUCACUGGUCCGGCGCACUCCAAGCUUAUAAAAACAAUUACGUGUAGCAACAUACAGCAGUGUCUCGCGGCAAAUCAUUGAUUCUUCUGGGUCAUCAAUCUCGUCCAAUAAUUGCUUCAACUGUCCAAGGGCAGAUCAAAUAUCAUCAGUUCCCGAUCAAGAUCAGUCCAGUCCCUGAGCUCUCCUUUCUUCCCGCCCCAUAUAGGGGCUGAACCCGCAGGCGGAGUCCAGGAUAACUUGCAUGCGCAUGCUCAGAAUGAACCAAUAAAAAAUUACUAGGCCCCAACCUUCAGCACAGGUAUGGCUUUUGCCAGGUUGGGACCGAUGCUAGAAAAGAUUUGCAGAAUCUGUCAGCGAUCCCGUUGGGAUCCGUUCAAAUAGUCAUGCCUUCCAAUUUAAAUGACGGAAGUGAAGAUGACUUACUCUUUUGCUUGUUUACAACUUCGUUAAUCAGCUUCCAAGUUAACUGUAGAUCAUUUUUCGAGCUUUCAAAUCUAUUGUCGUAGAAUAAGCGCUUGGCGAUUCGGAUUGAAUGAUUUAGCUUAUUUUAUACCGUAAUGCACACGACUCGCUGGGCGCCGAUCGAAUCAAUUGUUUGUAAAGUUUGUUCUUUUUGAUUUAGUAAUAGAUUUCAGAAAACCUGGGGUUAACCAUUCUUGAGUGCGGAACUUGUUCAGCUGUUUACCUUUGAUAAUAUUUAAGUUCACUUCUUUCUCCAAUUUUGGUCAAAAAAGGUCACAAAUAGAACAGAGCGUUUAUAACUUAAAAUUUAAUCAAGCAGUAUCUCUUAUAGCCUAGCUGAAAGGUGUGGAGGCUUUUACAACAACAGAAAGUUUAUAGCAAGAAAUUAAAAUCAGCCCUGUUGACUGGAGCUAUUGUGCAAUGUUCUGACAAUAUUGACGUACGGGCGACAAGCUCUAACAGUGUAGUCUGGCUUCUUACCAACAUUGUUUACUCUGAAAUGUGGUUUUCUAUUUUUACAACCAAAAGAAAAAUGAAACACGUGCUGAAGGUAAGGCCGCUUAAUCCAUGUUUACCUUUGAACAUACACCAAAAUAGUGAAUGUUUGAUUCUCACUUAUGCUCACUUAUUUCAGAUUGGUCAGUUGUGAUAUGUCACGUUUCGUCGACAUCAGUUGUUUAAAACAUCAUGCUUUGAUAGGUCAAUAUUUCCUUUGAGAAUGGUUAGAGUUGUUUCUAGCACAGUGUGGUGUCUCGAGAUGUCGUGUCAUAUCGCAUUUUCGAGUGACUGAUCUUUAGCAUUCGUGUUUUUUUUUUUUGUUUUUUUUGGUUUUGUUUUGAUUUGUUUUUUUUUACUGAAAUUAUAUAAUGUUUUUCUUUUUACUAUUCGGGCCACUGUGCUCGUGACUUACGUUGGCAAAUUUUAUAUUGUUUUGUCUGUAUCGGACACAGCCUAGGAUAAAACAAUAGACAGACAGGAAAAUAUCCAGUAAAAUCGCAUUUUGUUUAAUACCGAAAAUGAAAUGAGAAAGUUGUGCUCUUUUGAUUGCAUGUGAAGUGCUUUCGCUCUGUUACUUUGAUAAAUUAACUCUCUUUGUUCAUUUUUGCAACAAUAAAGUUCUCAAUAGCUCCGGAAGACAGCUGUGUUAUUUGAAUUUUUACUCAACCAAGACGGUGUUUUAUUUGAAGGUCCCCAUAAAUAUUGGUGCUGCAUGGAAUAGCAGCUGCCGGGAAGUGGGGAACUAAAAGUUGCGCAAACUAUCGCCUUCAUAUUUCAUAAGUGUGGUUGUCACGGCCGAAUCGUGGACGAAUGUUUCUUUGACAUGCUUCCGUGAUCACGGAUUGCGUGUGUUUCCUAAAUCCAACACCAACAUCGCUUCCUGUGCACGAAUUACGUCGCCCGAAUUGUUUACUCGAGAAGCACUUGUAUCUGGCAUAGGAGCUAAGCUAAGAAAUGAUAACACCCCAGGGGUCUGAAUUGAUCAAUAAAAUCUUUCCACGUACCUAUUUCGACGAGUUACUGAAGUAGUGAAUUAUUUAUGCUAAUGUAUUACAGAGUUGUCACGUGACUCAACGAGCACCUGUACCCAAAUCCCAUGAGGCCAAUUUGCCCAAGUUUGGAUUGUGUAUGAGAAUUCCACCGAAAAAGUUAGGAUUUCGAACCGCAAGCAUGGCCGCUGCAGUUGGAGUUAUUUUAUUUACUUACAUUUGCCUAGUCUUUUUAGUUACACAUAGGAUAUGUAUGAUGCAGUGCAAUCCGAUGUCUAGACCUGGUGUAUACCAAGGCGAUAUGGGUGAUGUGCGGUUCUCAGGGAGCCACGUACAGAAUGAUGGCUCACAUCAGAACAGAAGAGAUCAGCCCAAUAUUAGGCAUAUUCGUUUUGAACCAUCUUAUUUAGAUUUCUAUGAACAAUCUGUGGGUAUGCCAAGCAUACGAACAGUAUCAGUUAUAAACCCACAUACAGAGCAGAAUCUUCAACUGCAAUCUAUAUCUGGUAGCACUGCACAUUUUCAUGCUUCCUUUUUUCAAUCAAAAGUAGUUCAUCCAUUAGGAAAUACAACAUUUGACAUAGUGUUUUUAGCAAGACUAGUUGGAAAUGUAGAAAAUACAUUAUUUAUUCACACCUCCAAAGGAGUUUAUCCUUAUCAGGUUUUUGGAGUGGGGCUUCCAAAUCCAUACAGAUUGCGGCCUUUUUUAGGAGCAAGAGUGCCCUUGAACUUUAGUUUUUCUACAAUAAUAAAUAUGCAUAAUCCCUAUGACUCACCUUUACAAGUAAGUAGUUUGACAGGUCUUACUGCUCAGGAGUGUCUUCAUAUUAUUGUUGUUCAAUUAAUUACAAACUAUUUGUUUCAGAGUAAACAACAAUGUGCAGCUAUUACAAUAAUUACAACAGCAUCUGUGUACCAUAUCAAUCUUGAGAAGUCGAUUUCAAUAUCAGUUUUUUCCUCUCUUUCCUGUGUCUCUUCAGUACUACUGGAUUAUUGUAGGAACAUGGGUUGGAUGUGUUUUAUAGUGUCAAUGUGAUUUUGGAAU